GGGAGCGCGCACGGGCGCGCGCAGAAGGAGGAGAGCACUCGGGUGCUGAAGUCCCACGCACGACAGUAAUACUCGCCUCGUCUUCCACACGGGACUCAGUAUGAGCUGCUCACGGCUCGGUGUCCGCUAGCUGCUGCGCUCUCACACAGGACGGGAAGCCUUUCAGUCAUGGACACUCGAACGUGGAUGGUGUUUUGCGCGGCGGUGGCAGUAGUGUGUGGCUCUACAAUAGAAUUACCCUCGGAAGAAAUCUGUGAUUCUGGCACAUAUACCAACAGUGGUGAAUGCUGCAUGGAGUGUCCACCAGGGGAGGGGGUAAUCAAACCGUGUGGAGAGACUCAAACCGAGUGCAGCCAGUGCCUUGACAGUGAGACCUACUCGGACCAGUACAGUCACACAGACAUCUGUCAUCCCUGUACAGAGUGCACUGGGCUCAUGCGCAUGGAAACCCCAUGCACCGACUCAAAUGACGCAGUGUGCGUGUGUGAUUACGGCUACUACAUGAAUGACCUGACAGGCAGCUGCGAGCCGUGCACAGUCUGUCCACGUGGUCAGGGGGUCUACACGCGCUGUGAGCCUAACCAUGACACGAAGUGUGAGCCAUGUGAGGAUGAUACCUACUCAGACCAAGAGAGUACGCUGGAUCCCUGCAUGCCCUGCACCAUCUGCAACGACGGCUCAGAAGAAUUAGAAACACUGAGGGAGUGCUCGCCCACAGCAGAUGCCCUGUGUUAUGAUCCGCUGGCACCUACCAUUUCAUUUUCCAGCCCUCCUCCUGAUUUGUUCACGGACGGUGUGGGAAGCCCUGGCCCCGAUGAGGAGAGCACCACGACCAAGCCAAGCUCACCUCGCUUCAUUGGCAGUGGGAUCAACGAGAACCUCAUCCCUAUCUACUGCUCCACACUGGCAGCCGUGCUCAUCGGCCUGCUCGCGUACAUCGUCUUCAAGAGAUGGAACAGCUGCAAGCAGAAUAAACAGGCAGCCAACAACCGAGCAGCUACAGCCAAUCAGACAUCUCCAUCUCCGGAAGGAGAGAAGCUCCACAGCGACAGUGGCAUCUCUGUGGACAGCCAGAGCCUUCAGGAGCAACAGCAGCUUCAAACACAGGCCGAGGCUCACACACAAACCCAAACUCAGCUCCACGUGCCUGAACAGAUCGUGGUGAGGGUGGAUGGAGGGGCUCAGUCGGACUCUCCGCCAUCACAGGCAUGAAUGGAGCAACUGAAGAAAGUGACACCAUCAGGCAGAUGAAGGAGAAGAAGUUCCAUUGAGACCAAAGUGGUGGGAAGUGUGAGGAGAAAAGUGGCAUUUUGUUCUGGUGGUCAUUAGCUAACUGUGGCCGUCAGCUCCUAUAAAACCCAGUAUAGACAUUUCUCUAAUGCACUGGGUCCUGUUGGCUUGGAUAACUUCAGCAGUCAGACGUUUUGGACCACAAGCUUCAGUUCUACAAAAAUGGCAUCAUAUAUUCGACAUGCUUCAAGGUCAAGACAUCACAGGCUGAAAUCCAGUUCAAAUCAUACCAGCAGCUGUCACUGGUAUCUAACAAUACAGCCCUUUUAAUGCCACCAACCAAAUCUAAAUGGCCUUAUAGCAUCCCUCAAUGUAUUAUAAAUGAUGUAUACUCCAAAAUAUACUGUAUGUAUGUAGACCAUGCAUUUCUCCCCCCUAACAAACUAAUUCAUAAAAGUAGUCAACUCAAAAGAACUGGAGUUCCCAGUCCAAGCAAUGCCACUUCAUCUUUAAAAGACACUUUGACAGAAAGGAAAGCAGUCCUGUUUUUCAGACUGAUGAUCUGAUCCCACCAAACUUUCAGAAGACUGAGAGAUGUAGAUUUGGACCUAUGACGCCUGUAGGCCAUAUAUGGACUCCACAAGAAUGCCUCAAUCGCACUAACUUACUUUGCCCAUGUUGUUUGUAUUAUUCUUUAUUGUUACCCCUGCAUAGGAAAUAGGAUUAAAAAGCAGAUUCCUUCUUUCAAAGUAGUGUACAGUACAGAGACUUGAAAGGUUGCCCUUUAAAUCCAAGCCUGUUACUGGUGCUGUUUUCAUCCCUAAUGGUGGUUUGUGAAGCGAAGCUAAUUCUGUAGCAGCAAGUGUAGGCGACAUCUUGAAAAGGUGACAUUUACUGACCUUUAUGUUUGUAAUGACUCACAUCUAUACUUAGUAUUCUCUCUCUCUCUCUCUCUCUCUCUCUCUCUCUCUCUCUCUCUCUAUACCCAUACAAUUCCUGUUUCCACCACUUAUAUUGUAAGUGCAUCGUAUUCCCUCCACUAUUACCUCACUUCCACUCAGAGUUAUGUUACAGUGCUGAGUUGUAUGUUUCUCUUUUCACUGAGAGCAAACUAUACCGGGUCAGUUGGAUGCAGUUGUGGAACAGCAGAGGGAGUCGGCUUUAGUACAUCACCUUCUCCUUUCUUACACAUACUGUAGACAUCACCAGUGUAAUUCCCAGACUCAAUAUUCGGUGAUUCAUCUUUAGACUUCUGUUCAUCAUUUACCUCUUUCAGUUUCACCCCAAGGCUGACUAACCCGGCUUUGAGAACCAUGGGUAAAUGAUUCAUGCCGUGGUUGGUGAGUGGGCCACAUGUGGUAAACUGAGGUCCAUUAGAUGCUUUAAUGUGGUUGUGUUCCAUAGCCAGCUCAGCAUCAUUUGACUAUGAGUGUUUAUGACUGGCCUGUAAGUGCUUUAUCAGUGUGCUAGUGAUAAUGCUGUUAAAAAAUGCGUCUAACCAGCACAGUUCUACGUCUCGUCCCUUACGGGGCCCCCUUUACUGUUCUUUGUGGACUGAAGGUUUCUCUGGAGAAAUAUUAAGUUUAAUGUAGAAUUCUUCUUCUGUAUUUGUCCGGCUUCCUAAAUAUCGAAUUAGUGGAUUGAUUAUGAGUGAAAACGGUUAGCUAAAACACCACAAACAAAUAUAUAUAUAUUGAAAACAGCGCUAAAGUGGAAUUUGUGUUGAUGAAUUGCAGCCCCAAACAACUACAGUCAUUUAAUUCCAUGUGCAUUUCGACUUUAGCUCAACGAGUGAAUAAAAACGUCUAUCAUAUUGUUAAAUUACUUCAAGGUAACCUGAUGGUGCAUGAAGAAGCUUGGGAAAGAAAUUCUCGAGAAGGAACAGUGUGAACGUGUGGCAGGCACUCCCAUGCCAUCCACACACCACAAAAGAACAACCAAAGCCAAACAAUUUCAUCUGCUUGUUUCCUCAUGGAUUACAUCCUUCCUUCAUUAACCUAAUGAGCGGUAGCGGCAUAUAACUGCAUCGCGUACACACACACACAUACACAUAUAUAGUUUUACCGUGUCUGCUGCAUGGCCUUCUAGUUUACUCCACAAUCCAGAAUGGGAGCUUGUAAUCUAGCGCAUCACUCUCAGGUCACUGGGCACAAACUGAGGAAUGGCGGCGGGAUUCAAACUGCAAUAAAUAACCACUAUAGUAUUGAUCAAACUUUGUUUAACGAGCACAGUAUUAACAAAAAAAAAUUUUUUUUCUUCUAUUUUACUCAGGCUUAUCUAAUGUAAAUAGCUGACAUUUAAAGUACUGCAUACUGAAUGACUGUACAUUGACUUAAUUAUUUCUGUAGCAUUGGGCUUGGAGCAGCUGGAAGAUGCCCAUACGUUUGGAUGUUAGUUUGACAGAACCUGGUGUGUACCAUUGCCUUAUUGCUUCGCUCUUUUGUAUCGCUUCACUUGGCUAAUACGAGUUUCAGCUUGGCAUGAUAAGCCCGAACUCAGUAUUCACCUCCUGUCUCGCAGAGCAAAAGAGAGUCUGUUCUUACGCAUUAUAGUUCACAGCCGUCCUCCUCACUCAGCUGGGUGCUUUCCAUUAAAUCAUUCUAUGGAGCGUAUCAUUGGCCUCUGCAGCUAGCCGCUGUGUUGGAGUGUAAUGCGCUUUAUGGCUCUAUCGCCUCACUCACGGAGCUCUGUUCUGCCGUUUUGUUGAAAGCACUUCCAGGUGAAAAAGAAAGACAAGUCGCUAUAUUGUUGUGUUUUUUUCCCCCUUCUUGAUCGUUUUCUCUGGAAACCCAGAAGAUGACGGAGGACAGCUGUCAUCUUUGCAUGAACAGAGGAAUAAAACGGGACGCUCGUCAGUUUUGCAGGACAUGAUGUUUCUUCAGUUUAGUCUCCAGAGUACUGAUAUUUUCAUACCAAUAAAAAAAAAAAGGAAUACAAGUGAUUGAGUGGAUAAGAAAGUGUUCCUUGUAUCAAAGUACAGCGAACAGAACCUAACAUGGAUUUUCCUCUAUGAACUGCUCCAACGGCACAUCGAAGCACUUCUAUAUUCAGCAUCUUAGUGUACAGUCUUCACUCAAUAACCAGCUUUUACUUCCAUUUAUCACCCAAGGAUGAGUAUAGAAUGUACACAAGCCUAGUGAUUGAUAUCCAUAUGCAAAAUGUGUUGCGCUAGCUAACCUUGUCCUAUCUCGUGUUCAGUUCUAUUUUUAUCCAGUCCUGUUCUUUUAUAGAAAAAAAAAACAUAGUUUCCUUUCUUGAUAGAAUUACCUUUUCAAAGCAGAAUUUUAUAAAGAUGGUUUACUUUUGUAGCACUUAAACUGAUUGAAUUAGUACACUCAAAGAGUAUCCAGCACCACAAAGUGCCUGUGGACUACGUCAGGUGUCUUUGAGCUACAUUCAUAAAUUUCCAUUUUGCAUUGCUUUGCUCUAUUUUUUUCCCUUUAUGUCUGAUCUGUACAAAAAAUAAACAUGUAAGUUGUAUGUAUGCUUUCAACAUUUUAUUGGGUCUUUUAACAAGAGAAGUUGGUCAUGAUGGUUAUAGGACAUUAUUAUUGAACACCUUUAUUGAAAAUAAAACUACAUGCAGGUUAAAGUUAAACAGAAGUUGGCUUGAACAUUCACAAGCUACACAUGCUAUAUGUUAUUAGGAUAAUAAAAUACGUUUUAGAACCUAUCAUAUACUCUCCAUCUCCUGUAUUAUUAUACCAUUCUAUGCAUUAACAGGAUAAUACAACAACAAUCCAAAAACAUUCUUGACUGUGGGUACUGCAUAUCUAAUCAGUGAAAAUUAUUAGAUGUGAGGUUGUGUUUGACAAGCCAAAACUUUUAACAUGUCAUUAAAACCCUGCUUUCGAUAGACAAAGAGACACUCCUAAGAGACCAUAUGUUUAGACGAAGAUGUCAAGAGGGAUUCUCAAGGGGGAGUUCACUCUUUCAGUCCCUGCUCCCAUAAUGGGGAUGAAUGUUAAUUGUACUUAGCCCAUAUUCUUCAAUGCAUUGUGGAUCAAUAAAUGUGGCAAAUUUCAUAUAGUUGUUAUGAUGGUACACUUAUGUAAAUGACAAAUGAAGCAAAUUAGUUAUCUAAUAGAAUAAAACCAAAUAUGAUUGCUCCUGUUUCA